CUACUUCCCCUCUCCUUUAUCUCCCUUUCUACAUAAAAAUCCCUCCCCUCUCUCUCCGGUUGAAACAAACAUACCCUUUUAAGUUCUCAUUUCUUCCCCUCUUCCUCUAGAAAGCCCUUCCUGGCCGUGAUUGUUAAUCCUCGAUGAUCCUCAUAAUUUUGCUUUCUCUUCCAUUGCCUUUGUGAAGAUCAGUAAAGCAACGAAAAAGAAAUUGUGAAGAAAAGGAACUGUUUGGACAAGGAUGAGUACUGUCGAUAAAAUGUUGAUUAAGGGAAUCCGGAGUUUCGACCCGGAAAACAAGAACGUUAUUACCUUCUUCAAGCCGUUAACUCUCAUUGUGGGGCCCAACGGUGCUGGAAAAACGACUAUUAUUGAGUGUUUGAAAGUAGCCUGUACGGGCGAGCUACCUCCAAAUGCAAGGUCGGGUCACAGCUUCAUUCAUGACCCAAAGGUGGCAGGAGAGACAGAGACAAAAGGGCAGAUAAAGCUGAGGUUUAAGACAGCAGCAAGGAAGGAUGUAGUCUGCAUAAGGUCAUUUCAGCUAACUCAGAAGGCCACCAAGAUGGAGUACAAAGCAAUUGAGUCUGUGCUCCAAACACUAAAUCCUCAAACUGGAGAGAAAGUUUGCUUGAGCUAUCGAUGUGCUGAUAUGGAUCGGGAAAUUCCUGCUCUUAUGGGGGUUUCUAAGGCUAUUCUGGAGAAUGUCAUAUUUGUCCACCAGGAUGAGGCAAACUGGCCUUUGCAAGAUCCAUCAACACUGAAAAAAAAGUUUGAUGAUAUUUUUUCUGCAACUAGGUACACAAAGGCAUUAGAGGUCAUCAAGAAGCUUCACAAGGACCAGGCACAAGAUAUAAAGACAUAUAGGCUGAAACUGGAUCACCUUCAGACACUGAAAGAUGCUGCUUAUAAGCUAAGGGAUGGCAUUGUGCAAGAUGAAGAGAAAACGGAAAAAUUGAAUAAUCAAAUGCAGGAACUAGACAUAAAAAUUCAGAACAUCGAUAGGGAGAUCAAUCAAAUUGAAGUAAAACGGAAGGACCUUGAAAAAUUACAAGGCCAAAUAGCCAUAAAAUCGGGGGAAAGAAAAUCCAAGCAUGAGGAAAUGCAGAAGCGUCAUGCAGCCCUUGAUGUGGAAAAUGAAGAUACUGAUGAAGAGUUGAACGAGUGGAAAUCCAAGUUUGAUGAAAGGAUUGCAACUUUGGAAUCCAAAAUUACAAAGCUGUUGAGGGAGAAAGCAGAUAUAGAAGAUAAAAGUCGAGUUCAUUCAGAUCUGUAUGCAGAAAAUGUGAAGGAGAUUGCGAACCUUCAAGCAUAUAUACGAGCUCACAUAUUGUUGAAAGAUGAAAGGGAUUUGAAGAUUCGGAGCCUAUUCAAAAAACACAAUUUGGGUUCUUUACCAAGUGGUCCCUUAAGUAACGAGGCUGCCUUAGACCUUACUGGUCGAAUCCAGUCAAAGAUGAGGGACUUAAGAGAGGAUUUGGUCCGAAGGAAGGAAUCAAUUGAAGUGGAGCUUAGUGCAGCUCGGCAGCAGUACACUCAUGUAAAUGACCGUUGGAAAGAAGUAGAGGCCCAAAAAGAGGCUAAAGAAGAAAUUAAGAAUGGCAUUUUGAGACGCAUUCAAGAUAAGAAGAAUGAACGUGAUUCAUUUGAAGCUGAGAUUGCUUCUGUUGAUGUUACCAUCCUAGAUGAGAGAGAGAAAAACAUGAAAAUUGAGGUGGAAAGGAAAGCUACUCAAGUCGUUGAAAAAGACUUUGACAUGACCAUAAGACAAAAGCAAUGUGAGAGGUUAACCGUGCAACAAGAACUCGAUGCUCUUAAUAAGGAAAGGGAUGCUAUGAAUGCUGAUUCCCAUGACAGAGUUGUAUUUUCUGUCAAGAAAGCUGAGCUGGAAACCAAGAAGAAGACACAUAGAAGAAAAGUGGAUGAAUGCAAGGAAAGAAUUAGAGGUGUGCUGAAGGGAAGGAUGCCACCUGACAGGGAUUUGAAAAAGGAAAUUGUUCAGGUUCAGAGUUCUCUCAAAAAAGAAUAUAAUGACCUUGAAAGAAAAGCUGAUCAAGCUAGAAAUGAGGUGACAUUGCUGGAAUCAAAAAUACAAGAAGGCAAGAGUAAUUUGUCCAGAUACCAAAAGGAACUUGAAUCAAGAAGAAGGUUUAUUGAAUCUAAACUUCAGUCAUUGGACCCUCAAUCUGGUGGUAUUGACUCUUACCUCAAAAUUUUAGAGAUUGCUAAGGAAAAGAGAGACUUCCAGAUAAGCAAGUAUAAUGUUGCUGAUGGAAUGAGGCGAAUGUUCGAUCCAUUUGAAAAAGUUGCUCGUGCAAAUCACAAAUGCCCUUGCUGUGACAGACCUUUUUCAGAAAAUGAGGAAGAUGAAUUUGUUAAAAAACAAAGAGUGAAAGGGUCAAGUUCUGCUGAGCAUCUGAAAGCAUUGGCCGAGGCCUCUUCAAAUGCUGAAUUUCAUUUUCAGCAACUAGACAAGCUCAGGAUUGUUUAUGAAGAAUAUGUCAAAACUGGAAAGGAGCUGAUUCCUCUUGCUGAAAAGAACCUUAAUCAAUUAAAUGAAGAUCUGGAUCAAAAGAACCAGGCUCUUGAUGAUGUGUUGGGUGUUCUGGGUCAAGUAAAGGCUGAAAAGGAUCCAGUUGAUGACUUGGUAGAACCUGUUGAAAGUGCUGACAGGUUGUUCCAGGAGAUUCGACUUCUGGAGAGUCAGGUAGCUGAAUUGGAAAGUAAACUUGACAUUCAAGCUCACAGUUUCAGAUCCCUCGAAGAUAUCCAAUCAGAGCUAAAAACGUUGGAAAGGACUAGGGAUACCUUGACUAAUGAUCUGGAGAAGUUAAGAUCCGACGAGUUGGAUAUGCAAAGGGAAUUGUCAGCACUACAGUUAAGGUGGAACGGUGUAAGGGAAAAGAAAAUUAUGGUUGCGAACACAUUAUCUAAUAUUAAAAGAGCUGAGGAGGAGUUAGAUCGACUUGCUGAAGAGAAAAGUCAAGUUGAGCUUGAUUUGAAGCAUUUGGCAGAAUCUCUUGCACCUUUGUCAAAGGAGAGAAAGAAACUGGAUGAUCACUACAAUGAUCUGAAACGUAAACUCGAUCGUGAACGCGACUUGCAGGAGGAGCAGUAUAGAGAAAAUGAUCAGGAAGUUGGUGCAUUGCUUCAUACUAUUUCUAAAAUCAAAGACCAUGAUAAAAAUAAGGACGACAAAUUAAAAGGACUACAAGAAAAACAAACUCAGUUGGAGGUUGAGCUUAAAAGUUGUGAUAUCAGGAAGAAUGAAAUUUCGAAGGAAGUGGAGAAAAGUAGGGAGGUGAUUCAAAAGCAGGCAACAUUAAGGCGCAAUAUAGAAGACAACUUGGAAUACAGAAAAUUGAAGGGACAAGUGGAAGAGCUUACUGGGGAGAUUGACUCACUUGAAGAAAGAAUUCUGCAGAUUGGUGGUGUUUCCAACACUGAAGCUUUGCAUUCUAAGCUCAAUCAAGAACGAGAUAGUCUUCUUACGGAGUUGAAUAAGCGCCGUGGCACACUAUCUGUUUACAGAAGCAACAUUGAAAGGAACAGAGUUGAUCUCAAGCAGGCGCAAUAUAAAGACAUCGACAAACGUUACUUUGAUCAAUUAAUUCAGCUGAAGACGACUGAGAUGGCAAACAAGGAUCUAGAUCGUUAUUACAAAGCACUUGACAAAGCACUCAUGCGCUUCCACACGAUUAAAAUGGAGGAGAUAAAUAAGAUUAUAAGGGAACUGUGGCAGCAAACUUACAGGGGACAAGAUAUAGAUUAUAUCAGCAUUCACUCAGAUUCUGAUGGUGCGGGUACUCGAUCAUACAGCUAUAAGGUCCUUGCUUCACUUAUCAUAAGAUUAGCAUUAGCAGAAACAUUUUGCCUGAAUUGUGGAAUAUUGGCACUUGAUGAGCCAACCACUAAUCUCGAUGGUCCUAAUUCCGAAUCUCUUGCUUCGGCUCUCCUAAGAAUAAUGGAGGACAGGAAAGGCCAAGAGAAUUUUCAGCUUAUCGUGAUCACUCAUGAUGAGCGCUUUGCCCAACUUAUUGGCCAGCGGCAACAUGCUGAAAAGUACUACCGUAUCACUAAGGAUGACUACCAGCAUAGCAUAAUCGAAGCACAGGAGAUAUAUGAUUGACUUGCUGUGUUCUUCAGUGUUACUGUUGUUAUUCGCCUGCUCUCAGUAACACUUAGCAUUGUUACAGAGGCAACUUCUGCUACAAAGAGUAUACAUACUGUUUUAGUUUGCCAUUUGUUGUCUUGAAAUGUUUUGAUCCGUUUGAGGUUUUCAAGUGAUGUGUCCUAUGCUGUCUUGUUCUCUGAGUUGGAUACCUUUUUGGGCGUGUGAAUAGUAAAGUGUGGACUCAAAUUACAAAGCCAACCAUUGUAGAAAUAUUUACUAAAAAAAAACUUUAAGA